AGGCAGGGGGCUCUGCUGGACCCCGGUCAAAGAGCCCUCUACAGGGACGUCAUGCAGGAGAAUUAUGAGACUGUGGUCUCACUGGGACUCCCCAUUCCCAAACCUGACCUGAUUGUCCAGCUGGAAGCAGGGGAAGAGCCAUGGGUCCCGGAUCUCCAGGUCUCUGAGGAAAGGAAGAUCCCAAGAGGAACUCACCCAGGUGAUGAGACAAAGAGUGAGAACAAGGAGGGAGAUCCACAGCAGGAAGGACUUGAGCAAAUGGAACUCCAGGGGACCUUUUUGAGAAAAGCUGGAGGGAAGUUCUUCCAGUCCUUGGAACAGAGAAAAGCCUGGAAUAAUUGGCACAGGUCAGAAAGGAAUCGGGGAAAAUGCCCAGGGAAGAAAAUGGAGGAAUACAUUGAAUGUGGGAGAGGAGGCAAGGAUCCCAAGGAAUCCGCAGCCCAGCAGAGAAAUCAGAAGGAAAAGAAACUGUAUACGUGCUUGGACUGUGGGAAAAGCUUCAGUCAGCACUCAGGCCUUAUUUGUCACAAGAGAAUCCACACAGGAGAGAGGCCAUACAAAUGCCUUCAGUGUGAGAAAAGUUUCAAUGCACCAUCAGCCCUUAUUGUACAUCAGCGAACCCACACAGGAGAGAAACCCUUUAAAUGCUUGGACUGCGGGAAAAGUUUUAAUCGGCGCUCAGCCCUUAAUAGCCAUGGGACAAUCCACACGGGAGAGGGACCGUAUAUUUGCCUUGAGUGUGGGAAAAGUUUCAGUGUACCCUCAGCCCUUAUUAUACAUCAGAGAAUCCACGUAAAAGACAAACCCUUUAAAUGCUUGGACUGUGGGAAAAACUUUAGUCAGCACUCAGGACUUAUUAACCACAGGAGAAUCCACACGGGAGAGAGACCAUAUAAAUGCCUUCAGUGUGGGAAAAGUUUCAUUGUAACAUCAGCUCUUAUUACACAUCAGAGAACCCACACAGGAGAAAGACCCUAUAAAUGCCUUCAGUGUGGGAAAAGUUUCAAUGAAUCAUCAACCCUUAUUGUACAUCAGAGAACCCAUGCUGGAGAGAGACCCUAUAAAUGCUUGGACUGUGGGAAAAGCUUCAAUCGGAGCUCAAAUCUUACUACCCAUCGGAGACUGCACACGGGAGAGAGACCCUAUAAAUGCUUGGACUGUGGGAAAAGCUUCAAUCGGAGCUCGAAUCUUACUACCCAUCGGAGACUGCACACGGGAGAGAGACCCUAUAAAUGCUUGGACUGUGGGAAAAGCUUCAAUCGGAGCUCGAAUCUUACUACCCAUCGGAGACUGCACACGGGAGAGAGACCCUAUAAAUGUUUGGACUGUGGGAAAAGCUUCAGUCGGCGCUCAGUCCUUAUUAGACAUGGGAGAAUCCACACGGGGGAGAAACCAUAUAAAUGCUUGGACUGUGGGAAAAGCUUCAAUCGGAGCUCAAAUCUUACUACCCAUUGGAGACUGCACAUGGGAGAGAGACCCUAUAAAUGCUUGGACUGUGGGAAAAGUUACAGUGGAUCAUCAGCCCUUAUUGUACAUCAGAGGAUCCACACAGGAGAGAGACCCUACAAAUGUUUGGACUGUGGGAAAAGCUUCAGUCGGCGCUCAAUCCUUAUUAGACAUGAGAGAAUGCACACAAGGGAAAACUGAAAAUGCCUCCGCUGUAGAAAAAGCUUCAGUCAGAACUCACAUCUUAUUAGACAUCAGACAAUCCACAUAAGAGAGAAUCCCCAUAAAUACUUGAAUGGUGGGAAAGGCUUCAGUCCCAGACCAAAUCUUCCUAAACAUCAAAGAAUUCACAAGGGACAGAGUCUAUAAGUGCCUCAACUGUGGGAAAAAUUUCAUUUCAAUAUCAAACCUUGCUUCACAUUAGUUGAUCCACAACAGAGAGAGCCCAUAAAUACUUGGAUUGUGGGAAAAUCUUCAAUAAUUGCAGGGAAAGAUUCAGUCUAAGCUCACACAUUAUUUCCCAUGAGAUAAUUCACAGAAGAAAGAGCUUGAAUGUGGGGGUACCUUCUUUUGGUGCUCACACAGCAUCAAGCAUCAGCAAAUCCAAACAGGGAGGAGCCCUCUCAGAUGUCCUUAGCAUGGAAAAAGGUUCAGUUGGAGCUAACACCACAUCAGAGACUCCUCCACACAGGAGAGAAAUUCUCUCAGUGCCCUGACUAGGGCUGGUCUUAGUAAAAACUCCAUUUUCUAAUUCCCACACACAGCAAUGGCAUUUGGCUCCAGCUGCCCAUGUUUGGGGGGCAGGUUCCAGCAGCAGCUAACCCUGAUCUGAUCAGCCCCUCCUCCCUGCUGAUGGGCUUUCCUGCCUCUUGGUAACCUGCUGAGGAAUGGGAGAGAGAAAUUCCUCCAGAAGCUCCCUCUGCCUGGAUGAAGUUCCCUUCUCUCCUUGCCCUUCCCAGUCAGGAUGCCCCUUCCAUAGAGACUAGGAAAUGGAUACCUGGGCAAGGCUCCACAUUCACUCUGGACACCUGUCCCAACCUCCCAUUUUCCAGUAGCCUAUGGGCUGGGCUCCCCUACUUACCUGGAGCUAGUCCCUGCAGGGUGAGUGUCCUGAGUGCUGGCAACUCUUCCCCUCCCUAAAUCCCCUAAGGUGCUGGGUUCUGGGAGAUCAAAUGUGAAGGGAUCAGGAGGGAUGGGGUUUGGGGAAGACAAUGGGUGACUGAAUGAGUGGUUCUGGUGGAUGUGGGGAGCAUAGGGUAUUUGGUGCUGGGGAAAUCAUGUUAGGGAUCGUGGGAUAAGAGAGGAGAGUCCAGGGAAGAGAGGUGCUGCCUCUUAUCACUCACCCCUUCUGUCCCUUUCCCCUGCCCCCUCUGUAUUCAGAAAGCUUCACUGAGAGGGGCUGAUUUCCACAGGGACUUUUGUGGGAUCCCACCUCUGCCUCCUCAGCAUCAGCCUCCGAGGGUCCAUCUGUGUUGGGAAAGGUUGUAGAGAUUAGCUAGCAAAUCUCCCCUGAACUCCCCCUGCCCCCCCCCGGUCUUAGUUUCGACUGACUCCAAACAUCUUAUAUGUUCUCUUCCCCCCCAUUAGCAAACGGAUUGUUAGUCAGUGAGUUCCCCCUUUGGGGAGAGAUUGUCUCAUUCCCACAUACUCUCACAUUGCUCCAGGUUAUGCAAAAAAA